AUGGAUCUAUUAUUUAAUUCCUUCACGUAUAAGGUGAACUUUAAAAGAAGAGUAUUUUGGUCGAAAAUUGUAUGGAUGAUAUUUGGCUUGGGUUUUGCAUUUGUGUUUGGUAUUGAAUAUACAAAUGACAAGUCUAUUUCUGCUACAUUUGAAUGGAUGUUGGCCUUCUGGUAUGGUGUCAUCCUUCUUCUUUGGCAAUACGAAUUGUUACAGGCUAGCAGACGGAAGGAAUUAAAUCUAGAUACAAAUAAUGAUUUGGAAAAGCAUUCAAUUGAUACUGACUCGACUGGUGAAAAAUCAGACCCAACUUUAAAGACAUCUCUUAAAUAUCAACUCCAUCAACAACAACUAAAACGUCUCAGACUUUAUGAUGAUUACUAUCGUCCUCAAAUAAUGACUCCCAAACCCAUUUUUAAGAGAUGA